AUGUCCUUCGCCGUCACUCCACUCAUCGAGGCCGCUACCACUCCAUCCCACCCAUCGCCACCCGCAUUGGAGGUCCCAGAAAUCCUCGAAAACAUUCUCCAGUACCUCCCACAACUAGACAUCAUCACCUCGAAGCGCGUAUGCAAAUUCUUCAACAACCUCAUCAAAAACUCCAUCAAGCUAGAUCGGAAACUCUUCCUGGUCCCGGUUACUUGGGAAGGGCCUGUUCCACAGCCCUGCGAUCCUAGCCACGAGAUCCAGGUCCUCGAGCAAGACAAGCCGUUCGUAGAGCUGAACAACUUCAUGAUUCCGAGAGACAAGAGCCAGGACCGUUCACCCAGCUCUCACCUCCCUACGUUUAAAUUGGAUGUGAUCGUCAACAUCAACGCGAGAAUUGUGCGGGAAUCGAGCGAGAUCUCCACCAUGGUCAUGACUCGUCCUAUCAUCCCUUUCGAAAUGGCUCUUUGGGAUUUUACAACGGCGAGAUGUCGCUGUCUGUGGUACACAUUUAUCAGUGAUGGUGGCGAGGCCUUGAAUUUUGGAGAGCUGGUCAAAUUGCAGGGGAAAGGCAUCGAGCAAGUGAGAAAGGAUUUUCCGGGCGAGUACAAGUUCGAAGGUCCUGUUAUGCCUGAGAAUGUGCUGUGGUUGGGUGUUAUGGGACGUCAGUACCGAUACAAGGUCAAUGGCCAGGAGUGGCUUUGGACAGAUUGUUUGAGUUUGAAAGGGGAGAUGAUGGAUGCCAAUGAAGAUAUGGUAUCGACGCAGAAUACCGGGAAGCACUCUUUCUUUAUGCGCUUGGACGUACACUCGUCCGAAAGAUAUACACAUCCUUCGGUGCAGGGCUGUCGAAGCUAA